CCACCUACUGCUGCCAAAUGUUUUGGACUUUGAGCUAGUUAGCGUUAGCCAAACUUAGCUUUAGCUUUAGCUCGCACGUAUGGCAGCGCACUCAGAGGCUAAACUACUUCCCGUUUAGCCUACAUUCACCUGUUAGCUUACUGACAGCUACCCCCUUUAAUGCUAACCCGUGUUACGGUUGCCGUGGUGUGGAAAAUACUGCAGUGACUGUACAGGCUGCCCACAGUGCUGGGAGCACUGGAGAAGGAAGGGGAGAGCUUUAACCUCGGUCUCCCCAACUGACCCUGAGUAAACCAGCCAGCCAGCCAUGGAUGACCGCUCCUCACUGGGAAAAGUCAGCAGCUCUACCGAGUCCGUGGCCACUGUCACCAGUGAGGAGUUUGUUCUGGUACAGUCUAGUGUUGCUGGGUCACCACAGGGCUCUGAAGGCAAACCAAGACUCAAGAUGUCCUGGAAUGGAAGUGAACAACUGGAAAAAGCUAUGGAGGAGGUGUUGGAUGAUGAAGUUGAUGAUGAUGAUGAUCAAGUGAAGGUUGAGAAGAGCAACUUGGAAAAGAUGGAAAAGCACCAGUACAUAGAUGGCCAGGUCCUGGAACCACAACCUCCAGAAGCAUGUCCAACACCAUCCAGCCCCACUGUCCUGGAGGAGGACAGUGUCCAGUUUAACAAGCCAUCCAGCCCCACUGCCCUGGAGGAGGACAGUGUUCAGUUUAACAAGCUGUCCAGCCCCACUGUCCUGGAGGAGGACAGUGUCCAGUUUAACAAGCUGUCCUACCUGGGCUGCACAUGGGUCAAAGCCCCUCGCAAUGAGGCAGAGGCACAGAGGGCCAUGGCUACCCUGCGAGCUGAGAGUGCUAUUCCCAUCCCCAUCACCCUACAUGUCCCCUGUGGACCCGAUGGCUCUGUCAGGAUUGUAGACCAGGCCUCUGGGACAGAGAUCGCCUGCUUCCCUAUUUACAAGGUGUUGUUCUGUGCUCGUGGACAAGAGGGGUCAGUGGAAAGUGACUGCUUCUCCUUCACUGAAAGUUACCGAAGUUCUGAGGACUUCCAGAUCCACGUCUUCUCCUGCCACAUUAAAGAAGCAGUGAGUCGGAUCCUCUACAGUUUCUCCACAGCCUUUCGGCGUUCUUCUCGGCCUGCGGACAUCAGGGACACAAUGCUGUCCAGUCCAUCUGACAGUGACCUCUUCACCUUCACGGUCUCGCUGGAGGUCAAAGAGGACGAUGGCAAAGGCAACUUCAGUUCAGUGCCAAAGGACAGAGAUAAGUUGUACUUCAAGCUGCGGCAGGGUGUACAGAAGAAGGUUGUGGUUUCGGUUCAGCAAAUGUGCAACAAGGAACUUGGAAUUGAAAGGUGUUUCGGGAUGCUGCUGAGUCCAGGACAGAAAGUCUGCAACAGUGACAUGCAUCUACUCGACAUGGAGUCGAUGGGGAAGAGCACUGAUGGGAAGACCUACGUUAUCACAGGAACAUGGAACCCUAACAUGACCGCCUUCCAGCCACUGAAUGAAGACACACCUAAAGAUAAGCAAGUCUUCAUGACCGUGGCAGUGGACCUGGUAGUGACUGAAGUGGUGGAGCCAGUUCGGUUCCUGUUGGAAACUCUGGUCAAGGUCUAUCCAUCAAAUGAACGCUUCUGGUACUUCAGCCGCAAGACCUUCAGUGAGACCUUUUACCUCAAACUCAGACAGCAGGCACCAGACAGAGUGGGUCAGAGUGACGCCGUGUAUGAGGUGUUGAGUCUUCAGAGGGAGGCGGAGAGAAGCAAUGAGGAAAGAGGACAACUGGCCUCGCCCACUGAGGAAGAGGAUGCUGAUGAAGAUAGUGACAGUGAAAUCUCAAGUGGUACAGGAGAUGUUUCCAAAGACUGUCCUGAGAAAAUCCUAGAGUCCUGGGGAGGAAUCCUCAACCGAUGGCAUGGAAACCUGUCCACUCGUCCAAAGGGUUUGUCCUCACUGGUUCGCAGUGGCAUUCCUGAGCCACUCAGAGCUGAAGUCUGGCAGUUGCUGUCUGGUUGCCAUGACAGCCACGAGCUGCUUGAGCAGUACCGCAUCCUCAUCACAAAGGACUCAGCCCAGGAAGGAGUCAUCACACGGGACAUCCACCGCACUUUCCCUGCACAUGACUACUUCAAGGAUUCUGAUGGAGAUGGACAGGAUUCACUGUAUAAGAUCUGCAAGGCCUACUCUGUCUAUGAUGAGGAGAUCGGUUAUUGUCAGGGUCAGUCGUUCCUCGCUGCUGUUCUCCUGCUGCAUAUGCCUGAGGAACAGGCCUUCUGUGUGUUGGUGAAAAUCAUGUACGAAUAUGGCCUCAGAGCUCUCUACAAGAACAACUUUGAGGAUCUUCACUGCAAGUUCUACCAGCUUGAGAGGUUGAUGCAGGAACAGCUUCCAGACCUGUGGUCUCACUUCCAGGAGCUGAAUCUGGAGGCACACAUGUAUGCAUCCCAGUGGUUUCUUACCCUCUUCACUGCCAAGUUCCCCUUGUGCAUGGUUUUCCACAUCACUGACCUGCUGCUCUGCGAGGGUCUGAACAUCAUCUUUAAUGUAGCCCUGGCCUUGCUCAAGACCUCUAAAGAGGACCUAUUGCAGGCUGAUUUUGAAGGUGCCCUCAAGUUCUUCAGAGUCCAGCUCCCGAAACGCUACCGAGCUGCAGAAAAUGCCCGAAGGCUUAUGGAACAGGCCUGCAACAUCAAGGUUCCAACCAAAAAGCUGAAGAAAUUUGAGAAAGAAUAUCAGACACUGAGAGAGAGCCAGCUGCAACAAGAGGACCCCAUUGACCGAUACCAGAGGGAGAACCGUCGUCUUCAGGAAGCCAGUAUGCGUCUCGAACAGGAGAACGAUGACCUGGCCCAUGAACUGGUUACCAGUAAGAUUGCCCUUCGAAACGACCUUGACCAGGCAGAAGACAAAGCCGAUGUUUUGAACAAAGAAUUGCUGAGCACCAAGCAACGUCUGGUGGAGACUGAGGAGGAAAAGAGACGACAGGAGGAGGAGACGGCUCAGCUGAAGGAAGUGUUCAGGAGGGAGCUGGAGAAAGCAGAGUUGGAGAUCAAGAAAACCACAGCGAUCAUUGCUGAGUACAAACAGAUCUGCUCCCAGCUGAGCACCAGACUUGAAAAACAGCAGGUGGCAACAAAAGAAGAGCUGGACAUUGUCAGGAGUAAAAUAAUGGGCUGUGAGCGCUGUCGGGACCUGUUCAGCACGGCGGGGGCCCUUCAGGUGUCCUCCCCCGGCAGAGAUAAGGCAUCCACCGAGCCGCUGGAUGAGGAGAAGGACGGCCUGAAGGACCAGCUACGACAGCUGGAGCUGGAGCUGGCCCAGACUAAGCUGCAGCUGGUGGAGGCCAAGUGUCGCAUCCAGGAGCUUGAACAUCAACGGGGAGUCCUGAUGAAUGAGGUCCAGGCGGCCAAGAAUUCCUGGUUCAGUAAGACUCUGGGCUCCCUAAAGAGCUCGGCCUCCUCCUCCUCGAGCUCCACAUCCCAGACUCCAUCCUCUCCAAAGGAGGGCCCUGCCUAGGCGCCCCCCACUCCCUCUCUCCUUUAUUCCCCCUGCAGGAUGCACUCCAGAGCUGACGAACACAAGCUGAAAAAACAAGCAGCAAAGAAAUGCAGUAUUCCUUUUCCAACCAGUGGCAACAUGGAACCCCCUCAAGCUUCUUUGACUGAAAGUGGCUUAAAAGAUGAGGGUUGAAAAAAGGAAGGGGAGUCUGUUCUUUUAAUGUUUACAUUUGAGUGAGCAAAAAACCUCCGCUGCUUCACAAGUGAGGGUAGUAGAGGUUAAAGAGUCAGGGGAUUUCUUAACUCAUUAUAUGAAAGCUGAAUUACAAUGAUUGAACCGAGAAUGUCAUCCUGCAUGUCAGUCAGUAAUGUAGCUCCAUCUUGUGGCCAAACAUCAUUAGUCUAGUGUUGGUUUAUCUGAGUUAGAUAAACUUUUAAAGCUAUGCUCAAUCUGGAUAAUAUUUUCAGCUAUAGCGACGCAGAGAUAUUCAGUUACCUGAUGAAUCCUCAGCACGGCGAAGCCACAUCUCUCUGAAAAAGGAAUACUGCAUAAAAAAAAAAAAUAGCAUAAAAGUUGUAUUUCUUUAUAGUAAUAUAAACAGCGUUGUCAUAUAAAUAUGUAUAAGUAAUAUUGACUUUUUAAUAUUCUUGUACAGUUCAGAGAAGAAAAAGAGUAGGAAAAGUUCUUUGUUAAUUUGUUUUCUACUGUUUGAAAUUUGAAUGUCGUCUCUCUCGAUGUUGACGUAAGCACAGUGUGUGAUGGAUCCGCUUGAGUCCAAAAGCUGCCAAAGUGACGACACGCAAUGUUAUUUUGCCUUCGCUACUUUUCCCAGUCAUUGCUUAAGCUGAACUUUCUGUGAUUUCACAGAUUUUAGAUUUCUUUUAAAGUCCAACCCAAAUCUGUAUUUACUUGGCUUUUCUACAUAUAUUCUUUUUCCAGGUGGGAUGUGAGACCAUGCAGAUGUCGAACAUUCAGCCAUUAUUUUAUGAAAAGCUGAAAUGCCAACAGAAAUGGGUACUCUUCACCUUUUUUAAUUUGUUUUGUCCAAGUCAUUUUAUACCAAACUGAGUUUCACACAGUGUCACUAAGUUAAUAUUUGUUAAUAUUUGUUAACAAAAUAUUAAAUCCUGUGUCUGGAUCCAUAUCCCUAUCACCACCAACAUCUUAUCAUUAUUUUCUUUAGCCUUAACCUACAUCCUUAGAAAAUGUCGUCAGGGUUCCCAAUGGUCCUUGAAAUCCUUGAAAGUUUCUGAAUUUGGGAAAGAAAAUUCAAGUCCCGUAGAAAAAAAAAAAAAAUCGCCAAAAAUAGACAUUGGUCAUUAAAGAGAUUGAAUUUUGUGCAAGAAAGAAGUUAUGUUGAUAUGUAGGUACACGUCUCCCACCGCUGAUGUGCCCUUGUUUGUUACGGCGCCACCUACUGUUUCAUGUCCUACAUUACUUG